AUGGCGGCCGAGGGCGAGGCGGCGGCGCUGGAGUUCACACCGACGUGGAUCGUCGCGGCGGUCUGCUCGCUCAUCGUGCUCCUCUCGCUCGUCGCCGAGCGAUGCCUCCACUACCUCGGCAAGACGCUCAAGAAGAAGAACCAGAAGCCGCUCUUCGAGGCGCUGCUCAAGGUCAAAGAAGAGCUGAUGCUUCUGGGGUUCAUCUCCCUGCUGCUGACGGUGUUCCAGGGGAUUAUCCAGAGGACAUGCAUCCCUGAACACUGGACAUUCCACAUGCUGCCAUGCGAGAAGCCAGAUGAAAAGGCUGGUAAGGCCGCCACCACGGAGCAUUUCGUUGCUGUCGGGACCCUUGGCAGGAUCGGCAGGCGCCUGCUGAGUGAAGGCGCUGCUGGGGCUGAGCACUGCCAGAAGAAGGGAAAAGUUCCACUUCUGUCCCUUGAAGCCAUACAUCAGCUGCACAUUUUCAUAUUUGUUCUGGCAAUCACACAUGUUAUUUUCAGCGUCACAACUAUGCUUUUAGGAGGUGCACAGAUACACCAAUGGAAACAGUGGGAGAAUGGAAUUCAAAAAGAUGCUCCUGGAAAUGGGCCUAAGAAGGUAACCCAUGUACGUCAUCAUGAAUUUAUCAAGAAACGUUUUAAGGGUAUUGGCAAAGAUUCUAUAAUAUUGAGUUGGCUGCAUUCUUUUGGUAAGCAGUUUUAUAGAUCAUUAUCUAAAUCAGAUUACACCACAAUGCGUCUUGGUUUUAUCAUGACUCACUGCCCUGGAAAUCCAAAAUUUGAUUUCCAUAGAUACAUGGUAAGGGUUUUAGAGGCUGAUUUUAAGAAAGUAGUAGGCAUAAGCUGGUACUUGUGGGUCUUUGUGGUGAUAUUUCUAUUGCUGAAUGUUAACGGCUGGCACACAUACUUUUGGAUUGCUUUCCUUCCCCUUUUUCUUCUGUUAACUAUUGGCACUAAGCUUGAGCAUGUCAUAGCUCAGUUAGCCCAUGAUGUAGCUGAGAAGCACACAGCAAUCGAGGGUGAUGUGAUUGUAAAACCAUCUGAUGAACACUUCUGGUUCGGCAAGCCUAGGAUUAUCCUUUACCUGAUCCACUUCAUCCUCUUUCAGAAUGCAUUUGAGAUUGCAUUUUUCUUCUGGAUACUGAGCACUUAUGGAUUCGACUCAUGCAUCAUGGGACAAGUUCGUUUUAUUGUGCCGAGGCUUGUCAUCGGGGUUGUUAUUCAGCUUCUAUGUAGCUACAGCACCCUACCUCUGUAUGCAAUUGUAACCCAGACUGUUAUCCUCCAAACUCCUAUUUCGACGAUUAAACGUUUUGUUCCCUUGUGCAUAAAGAUGGGGAGCUGCUACAAGAAGGAGAUCUUCAACGAGCAUGUGCAGCAGGGCGUCCUGGGCUGGGCUCAGAAGGUCAAGAUGAGGAAGGGACUGAAGGGAGCUGCAGCUGCUACUGCUAGCAAGGACGAAUCGACGAUCAAUGCCGAUUCGGCAGGACCUUCUGUUAAGAUUGAAAUGGGGAAGGCUGGGGAGGAUGUUGAGGUCGUUGGAAAGACAGGGUGA